GAUGCCAUUCAAAGUUCUGCUUCCCAUGUGAACGGUGGUGUUUUCCAUAUCCGCGUUUCGAUCGUCUGCACCUAUUCCUUUCGCUACGCAGAAGAUUUUUUACCAAGAAAAGAAGAAAAACUCAGCAGGCUCAGCAUUUUUUCACUGACUUCAAGGAACUAAUUAAAACUUGGAAGAGAUUUUUUCGCUUGCAUCCCACAACGAACCACCCGAAAAUCAGUUGCUGGGCAACCUUUCCUCAACAUCGGAGAAAGGGAGGAAAAGAAAGGAGGACCCACAGAACCUUACACGCAACAGCGUCUGUAGGAUGAGCAAUGCGGGAAUCGACGGCGGAGGAGGAGGAGGAGGAGGAGGAGCUUCAGGAUCCGGUUCCGGAUCAGGAGUGCCGCCCACAACGCCACCACCCACUGGCCAUGGAUCCACUCGCCGCCUGAGCCACUUGACGGGCGGCAGCCGUUCGGGAGGAGCCGCCGCCAUGGGCAAUGUGGUGGGCUGGCUGAAGCAGGCCUCCAUUGAAGUGCGAGACGCCGGCACAAGGACUUUGUCCAUGCUGCAAAGCAGCAAUCCCAACUUUCGAUCCCUGGACCUUUCACUGGGCACGCCCACACCCACCACGCCCACCUCCAGCGAAGUUCCAGCUGCUCCGGCCAGUGCCACCGCCUCACUGAGUGGUUCCACAUUGCAAUUUGGACCGGAGGAUCCCGAGGAAGGAUUCCCCACCGCCGCCACUGGAGGAGGAGGAGGCGGAAGUCAAUCGUUGACGCCACUGGAUGCCAGGGAAGUCCUGACGAGACCCACUCGAGCCUACGCCUCCGUCAGUCAGCCCCAGAGUCCCCGGCAUCGAGGAUCGGGUUCGGGAUCCGUUUCCGGUUCACGUAUAAUCACACAAGGCCUCACUGGCCGCUCCACAUCGAUAUCCUCGCAGCUGGAGAAGACCAAGAAGCUGCUCAAAAUGACCGAGGGCGAGGACAAGCCCCUGACCAUUCUGCACUACAACGAUGUCUACAAUAUCGAGUCCAUGGCGGAAACGGAACCCGUGGGCGGAGCAGCCCGAUUUGCCACGGCCAUCAAGAGUUUUGCCCAUCUGAAUCCUUUGGUGCUCUUCAGCGGCGAUGCCUUCUCGCCCAGCAUGUUGAGCACCUUUACCCAGGGCGAACAAAUGAUUCCUGUCCUCAAUACGGUGGGAACCCACUGUGCCGUCUUUGGCAAUCACGAUUUUGAUCACGGCUUGGAUGUGCUGGUGAAGCUGAUCAAGCAGACGGACUUCCCCUGGCUUAUGUCCAAUGUGGUGGACAACGAGACCGGUCGUCCCUUGGGCGGAGGCAAGAUCUCGCACUUUAUUCUGCACAACCAGAUAUCCAUUGGGCUGAUUGGCCUGGUGGAGCGGGAGUGGCUGGAGACCCUGCCGACCAUCGAUCCCAACGAGGUGACCUACAUCGACUACGUGGAGGCGGGCAACAAGCUGGCCCGCGAGCUGAGGAACGAGGGCUGUGACCUCAUCAUCGCCCUCACCCACAUGCGCACCCCCAACGACAUAAAUCUAGCCGAGAAGUGCAAUGGUAUAGACAUCAUCCUCGGUGGCCAUGAUCAUGUUCGCGAGGUGACCGAAAUAAAUGGCAAGAUGAUCGUCAAGUCGGGCACGGACUUCCAGCAGUUCUCGGUGAUCACCAUCGAACGGGAUGCCGCCAACAGGGAGCACUUCACCACGGACGUCAAGUGCUUCGAUGUGACGGCCAAAAUUCCAGAGGAUCCGGAACUGAAGCAGGAACUCUCCAAAUAUGCCAAGUUUAUCGAGAGCAAGCUGUCGGAUGUGAUGGGCGUGUUCAGCGUUGAGUUGGAUGGCCGAUUUUCCCGAGUGCGAACCCAGGAGACAAAUCUGGGCAACUGGGUAUGCGACGUGGUGCUGGCCGCCGUCGGUGCUGAUGUGGUCAUCCUGAAUGGCGGCACUUUCCGCUCGGAUCGCGUGCAUCCAGUGGGUGCCUUCACCAUGGGCGAUCUGGUCAAUGUAAUACCCAUGCGGGAUCCACUGAUCCUGCUCGAGGUCAAGGGUCAGGUACUGUGGAAGGCCCUGGAGAACGGAGUAUCCGCCUAUCCAAAGCUGGAGGGUCGAUUUCCGCAAGUGUCGGGCAUCAGUUUCGCCUUCAAUCCACAGGCAGAGCCCGGUAAACGUAUCGAUCCGCAGCUUAUCCAGGUGGGCGAUGAGUACCUGAACCUGGAGCAGACCUACAAGCUGUGCGUCAAGAGCUACAUCUUUAUGGGCUGCGAUGGCUAUACCAUGUUCAAGGAUGCCACUGUGCUGAUGGAUGAUGAUGCCUGUCCAGAGUUGGGGAUCACACUGCAGAACCACUUCAAGGCCAUAAAUUCUCGAAAGUGUGGCCAGAACACAAAGCAUCGACAGUCCCUGGUCACACUUUCCCGGAGGCACAGCUUGGUCCAGUGCCUGGAUAGUAUGGAUCUGGACGGACCAUCACCCAUCCGCAAAUUGUCCGUGGGUCAUCACAACAAGUCGAUGGAUUUGACGCACGGCAAUUCCCAGAAGAUGCUAAGACGAGCUUCCUUGGACGACCUGGAGCAGUCCACCUGCGAUUUGGCGCCACAAUUGGAGCACCGUAUCGUUAUGAUACAAAACGAGGAGCAUUAUCGACAGCUACUGUUCAAAAAGGAUGCGCACAUCAUGAAUUCCACAAUCACCGAGGCUGAGGACGAUUACAAAAAGAGUAGACAACUUGAUUUAAGGACAGAUUCCGAUGUGGAGAAAAAUAUUUGAAUAGGGUUUAGGCACAAAAGCAAAGCGAAGAUGUACCCAUUAGGUAGUUAGUUAGUUGACAGAUCUGUGGGAUCGAGUCCUAUAUCUAUUACCGUUUAUUGUUACCGCUCCUCCGUUCUAUUUUCGGCCAAGUUUCGUUGUAAACGUUUGUAAGACUUCCGCCCCCCGAGAUGUAUGAACCAUGAACUUGAUAUUGAUAUUGUAUAUGAUGUAUGUGACUGUAGUGAGUACGUGUACCUAAAGCUUACCGCUAGUUUAAUUUAAUUUUAGUUAGAUACAACUGAUUUACACAACCAACUGAUUAUUAUACUGUAAUUACUGAGCA